AUGUCUCGCACACCGAUGCAGGGCGGUUCGAGAAAGAUCUCGUUUAACGUUUCUGAUCAGUAUGAUAUUCAGGAUGUCGUUGGAGAGGGAGCUUAUGGUGUAGUCUGUAGUAGCUCUGCCCUUCACAAGCCGUCAGGACAAAAGGUUGCCAUCAAAAAGAUUACUCCCUUUGAUCACUCCAUGUUUUGUCUGCGUACGCUACGUGAGAUGAAGCUGCUGCGUUAUUUCAAUCAUGAGAAUAUAAUUUCCAUUCUGGACAUUCAGCGCCCCCGAAACUACGAGACAUUUACAGAGGUCUAUCUCAUUCAGGAACUCAUGGAGACGGACAUGCAUAGGGUCAUUCGUACGCAGGAUCUAUCCGACGACCACUGCCAAUACUUCAUCUAUCAGACGCUGCGAGCGCUCAAGGCUAUGCACUCCGCCAAUGUCCUGCACCGUGAUCUGAAACCAUCGAACCUCCUUCUCAACGCCAACUGCGACCUCAAGGUCUGCGAUUUCGGGCUUGCACGUUCUGCCGCCUCGACCGAGGACAACUCUGGCUUCAUGACUGAAUAUGUCGCUACCAGAUGGUACCGUGCGCCAGAAAUCAUGCUCACGUUCAAAGAGUACACAAAGGCCAUUGAUGUGUGGAGUGUCGGAUGCAUUCUCGCCGAGAUGCUGAGCGGCAAGCCCCUCUUUCCUGGCAAGGACUACCACCACCAACUUACGCUUAUCCUUGAUGUCCUCGGUACUCCAACCAUGGAGGACUACUAUGGCAUCAAGUCUCGCCGUGCCCGAGAGUAUAUCCGCUCGCUUCCUUUCAAGAAGAAGAUUCCGUUCAAAGUCAUGUUCCCUCAGACGAACGAGCUUGCGCUGGACCUACUCGAGAAGCUGCUUGCCUUCAACCCAGCCAAACGGAUCACGGUCGAGGAGGCGCUCAAGCACCCUUACCUCGAGCCGUACCAUGACCCUGAAGAUGAGCCGACGGCCGAGCCGAUCCCAGAGGAGUUUUUCGACUUUGACAAGAACAAGGAUAACCUUAGCAAAGAGGAAUUGAAGCUGUUGAUCUACCAGGAGAUUAUGCGGUAA